GCGAUGUCCUCCGCGCCCGGGUGGCAGAGCGGGAGAUGGCUUGCCUCGUGUGCGGCGCUUCCCGCAGUGCUUUGCUGUCUUUGAGUGCUUCGACGGGGAAACUAGACAACGAGUGCUUGCCUGGGAGAGUGGAAACGAGUUCCCGAGUGACCGGGUGUUUCUGCCACCGCUUUUGGCCGCUCCUCUGCCUUCCUCAGGGUUCUACGGGUAGUAACAGUAGCGGUGACUGGCUGCUGCCAUCGUACCCAAGAGAAGUGUGCUGUUCUUGCGAAGGAGGCCAAAGAUAACGCUUUCUGCAGGCUAGCAGCUGUAUCUCAUGUUUGCGUAGCAAUGUUUUCGCUCUUCCUUGAUGAGGAGUGGUGAGCUCAGCGCGCUCCGGGUGAACUAAAAAUCAGCUAUGCACAGGACUGGAAUUUGACAUGGUACACAGAAAAUCCAGACUUCACGCAAUGCUUUCAGAACACAGUCCUACUCUGGAUUCCUUGCAUUUACCUGUGGGUCUGCUUCCCAGUGUACUACUUACACCUUCGGUAUCAUGAUAGGGGGUACAUACAAAUGUCAAGCCUCAACAAAGCCAAAACAGCUUUGGGUGUAAUGCUGUGGAUAGUCUGCUGGGCAGACCUUUUCUACUCUUUCUGGGAAAGAAGUCAAAAUAUUUUUCGAGCUCCAUUUUUUCUCAUAGGGCCUACGGUAUUGGGUAUAACAAUGUUGCUUGCCACUUUUUUAAUACAAUAUGAAAGGCUAAAAGGAGUCCAGUCUUCAGGUGUAAUGAUGAUUUUCUGGCUCAUCUCAUUGUCGUGUGCCACAGUGAUUCUUAGAUCCAAAAUAAUUCAUGCCUUAAAUACGGGUGCUGAAGUAGAUUCCUUCCGUUAUGCCACCUUCUGCAUCUACUUCAUCCUGUUAUUUGUGCAGCUCAUCCUGUGUUGUUUUCCAGAACGACCACCAUUGUUUUCUGAAACAAUAAAUGAUCCUAAUCCAUGUCCAGAGUUCGGUGCUUCUUUCCUCUCCAGAAUCACAUUCUGGUGGAUCACUGGGUUGAUGAUUCAGGGUUAUCGGAGACCUUUGGAAGCCAGUGAUUUGUGGUCGCUAAAUAAGGAGGACAAAUCAGAGGAGAUAGUGCCAGGUUUGGCUAGAAACUGGGCAAAAGAAUGGGCCAAGACCAAGAGGCAACCAUUAAAUGUGUCAUACUCGCACAAAAAUCAGCAAAAAUCAAGCAACACAAAUGGUGAUGUGACAGAAGAGGCUGAAGCUUUGAUUAUAAAACCAUCUCAGAAGAACUCUGAAGCAUCUUUAUUCAAGGUGUUAUAUAAAACCUUUGGACCGUAUUUUUUCAUGAGCUUCCUGUUUAAAGUUGCACAUGAUCUCUUGAUGUUUGCAGGCCCAGAAAUUCUGAAAUUGCUAAUCAACUUUGUAAAUGACGAAGCUGCCCCAAACUGGCAUGGCUACUUUUAUACAGGGCUGCUGUUCGUUUGUGCCUGUCUUCAGACACUGAUUCUUCACCAGUAUUUUCAUAUUUGCUUUGUAACUGGAAUGAGGCUCAAAACAGCUAUUGUUGGUGUAAUUUACCGAAAGGCACUUGUUAUCACAAAUUCUGCUAGAAAGGCUUCUACUGUGGGUGAGAUUGUGAAUCUGAUGUCUGUGGAUGCUCAGAGAUUCAUGGACUUGGCUACCUAUAUAAACAUGAUUUGGUCUGCACCUCUCCAGGUGAUACUAGCACUGUACUUAUUGUGGCAGAAUUUAGGUGCCUCAGUGCUGGCAGGUGUGGCUGUCAUGAUCCUUCUGGUUCCGAUAAAUGCUGUGAUGGCAGUGAAGACAAAAACCUAUCAGGUGGCUCAAAUGAAGAGCAAAGACGACAGAAUUAAGCUGAUGAAUGAAAUUCUCAAUGGGAUUAAAGUUCUGAAACUUUAUGCUUGGGAAUUAGCCUUCAGAGAGAAGAUAUUAGAGAUCAGACAGAAAGAACUUAAAGUCCUAAAACAAUCUGCUUACCUUGCUGCAGUGGCAACCUUCACUUGGGUUUGUGCUCCUUUUUUGGUUGCCUUGUCCACCUUUACUGUUUAUGUCACAGUAGACAGGAACAACAUCUUGGAUGCUCAGAAGGCAUUUGUUUCCCUAGCAUUAUUCAACAUCCUCAGGUUUCCAUUGAACAUGCUUCCUAUGGUCAUCAGCAGCAUAGUAGAAGCCAGUGUCUCCUUGAAGCGCCUGAGGGUGUUCCUGUCUCAUGAAGAGUUAGAUCCAGAUAGCGUAAUCAGAGGUCCUGCCACAGAGACUGGAGGAUGCAUUGUUGUAAAGAAUGCAACGUUUAGCUGGUCCAAAAGUGAUCCUCCUUCACUGAACAGCAUUAAUUUCAGUGUUCCUGAAGGCUCCUUGGUAGCUGUUGUUGGUCAAGUUGGCUGUGGAAAGUCUUCAUUGCUCUCUGCAUUACUGGGCGAGAUGGACAAAAAGGAAGGAUACGUGGUUGUCAAGGGCUCAGUAGCCUUCGUUCCUCAGCAAGCCUGGGUCCAAAAUGCAACACUGGAAGAUAACAUUAUCUUUGGAAGGGAGAUGAAUGAGAGCCAGUACAAGCGUGUGCUUGAGGCUUGUGCACUGCUGCCUGAUAUUGAGAUUCUUCCUAGUGGAGACAAAACAGAAAUAGGAGAGAAGGGGGUAAAUUUGUCUGGAGGACAGAAGCAGCGAGUCAGUCUUGCUCGGGCGGUUUACUGUAAUGCAGACGUCUAUUUGUUUGAUGAUCCUUUAUCAGCUGUUGAUGUUCAUGUGGGGAAACAUAUUUUUGAAAAAGUUAUUGGACCCAAAGGAAUCCUGAAAAAUAAAACACGGCUUUUGGUAACCCAUGCAAUCAACUAUCUGCCUCAAAUGGAUACAAUCCUGGUGAUAUCUGAUGGAAAAAUCUCCGAGAUGGGCUCCUACCAGGACCUGCUGAAGCAAGAUGGGGCUUUUGCUGAGUUUCUUCGUACAUAUGCUAAUGCUGAGCAAAGCAUGGAGAACAGUGAUACAAAUAGUCCAUCUGGAAAGGAAGAAAAACAUGUUGAAAAUGGAGUCCUCAUGAAUGAAGCCCCUGGAAAAUUGGUACAUCGACAACUCAGCAACUCUUCAACAUACAGCAGAGAUGCUGGGAAGUCACAGCAGCAGAGCAGCACAGCAGAGCUACAGAAGCCGCUUGCGGAAAAGAAUUCCUGGAAACUGACAGAGGCUGACACAGCGAAGACCGGCAGGGUAAAGGCAACAGUGUACUGGGACUACAUGAAAGCAAUUGGGCUCUUUAUCUCUUUCUUGAGCAUUUUCCUCUUUAUAUGUAAUCAUGUAGCAUCUCUGGCUUCCAACUACUGGCUGAGUUUAUGGACAGAUGAUCCUAUUGUCAAUGGGACACAGCAGUACACGGAUGUCAGGCUGGGAGUGUAUGCAGCACUGGGAAUUUCUCAAGGUAUUGCUGUGUUUGGCUACUCGAUGGCUGUGUCCAUAGGGGGAAUACUUGCAUCACAACACCUGCACCAUAACCUGCUGCACAGUGUCCUCAGGUCUCCAAUGAGCUUUUUUGAACGUACACCCAGUGGGAAUCUGGUGAACCGUUUCUCCAAGGAAAUAGAUACCAUUGACUCCACCAUUCCACCAAUCAUCAAGAUGUUCAUGGGCUCGACAUUUAACGUGAUUGGGGCUUGUAUCGUCAUUCUGCUGACCACACCUAUAGCUGCUGUCAUCAUUCCACCUCUGGGACUUAUGUACUUGUUUGUACAGAGAUUUUAUGUGGCCACUUCUCGCCAGCUCAAGCGCCUCGAGUCUGUCAGUCGUUCCCCUGUAUAUUCUCACUUCAAUGAGACUCUCCUGGGAGUCAGUGUCAUUCGAGCCUUUGAGGAGCAGAAACGUUUCAUAAAGCAGAACGACAUCAAAGUGGAUGAAAAUCAGAAAGCUUAUUAUACAGGCAUUGUUGCAAACAGGUGGCUGGCUGUCCGUCUGGAGUAUGUGGGGAACUGUAUUGUCCUCUUUGCAGCACUGUUUGCAGUGAUUGCCCGCAGCAAACUCAGUGCAGGACUGGUUGGCCUCUCGGUGUCCUACUCACUGCAGGUUACAGCAUACUUGAACUGGCUGGUUCGCAUGUCAUCCGACCUGGAGAGCAACAUUGUUGCUGUUGAAAGAGUCAAGGAAUAUGUUGAGAUGGAGAAGGAGGCUGAAUGGAGUAUUGAACAAACUGCACCACCAAGUACCUGGCCCGAGGAAGGGAAGAUUGAGUUUCGAGGUUAUGGUUUACGCUACCGGGAAGACUUGGAUUUGGUUCUGAAAAACAUAAAUGUUACCAUAAAUGGGGGUGAGAAGAUUGGAAUAGUUGGAAGAACAGGAGCUGGAAAAUCCUCACUUACUUUAGGUUUGUUUAGGAUUAAUGAAGCAGCUGAGGGAGAAAUUAUUAUUGAUGGAAUUAAUAUUGCAAAGAUAGGGCUGCAUGACUUGCGGUUCAAGAUCACCAUCAUCCCUCAGGAUCCAGUAUUGUUUUCUGGCUCUCUGCGUAUGAAUCUUGAUCCUUUUAACCAACACUCCGAUGAAGAUGUUUGGAGGUCUUUGGAACUGUCUCACCUGAAAACCUUUGUGUCAUCCCUUCCUGAAAAACUUAAUCAUGAGUGUGCUGAAGGUGGAGAGAACCUCAGUGUGGGACAGCGCCAGCUGAUCUGCCUGGCACGAGCUCUCCUCAGGAAGUCCAAAAUCCUGGUUCUAGAUGAAGCCACAGCUGCUGUUGAUCUUGAAACAGAUAACCUUAUACAGUCAACAAUAAAAUCUCAAUUUGAAGAAUGUACUGUAUUAACUAUAGCACAUCGGCUGAACACAAUCAUGGACUACACAAGAGUUUUAGUCCUGGACAGAGGAGAAGUGGUAGAGUGUGGUAGCCCAGACCACCUACUUCAGGAUAAAGGCAUUUUCUAUAGCAUGGCCAAAGAUUCCGGCUUGGUGUAGCAUUUGAACUUGGUUAGUUCCUGUGGAGAAGAGGGAGGUGACACAUUGAGAGAACUGCAACUUCUCCCGUGCUGAUGUGAACAGUGCAGUUCACUUUCAGACCUAGUGAAGUCAGCCAGAGCGUGGCAAUGGAAAAAAUGCACUCUUCUUUCCUUUUCUUCACAUGUCUCCUUGUCACUGAUUGUAGCCAACUUGAGGAGAAGCACAUCCACCGUGCAUGGCACUUCCCAGGAGUCUGUUUCACGCUCAAUUGUCAGGCAGAGUGAGUCAGCAGAGAAGUUCUGAAAAACUUUUCCUUUCCAUCUGUUGUUCUGAAGCCUCCCUCUGUAUGUUUUUUUUUUUCCUGUUUCAAAUAUUUUUGCAAAUGCUAGUUAUUUGCUUGUUUGCUGAUUCCUCAUUUGAGCCAUCUAUUGUGGGAUGCAUUUGGAACAUUUUGUGGCAUAUAGUACUAUAGUCCAAAGAAUUUUCUUCUUGUGAAAUAACAUGUGUGCCAGACUUUCUCAUUAUGGCAUUUACUGUAUAUGGUUAAUGCUUUUAUGCAUUCUCCUCAAGGUUUCAUGUGUUUACAGUGUCUAGCAGCAAGUCCACCGUCACGUCAGUAGGGCUGAUGUGAAAAGUCAACUUCAAAGCAGUACUUGAGCAUGUCUAGAAUGACAAUCACUCCAAAACCAAAUUUGUGCAGCAGUUGGUGUGUUGCAGUAUGCAGUACCUCACCUUACCCCUGGCUCACUCAGCAAUUCUGACCUUGGCUAGUGAAUCCUGGUUGGGCCUGUGGAUUUGAGGCUGAGAAGGGAGGACUUGCCCGAGCAGAGGUUGCAGGCUGGGCGUGGUAUUGAUUGUAAUACCCUUGGCUUUGGCAGUUCUGUGCUUUAAUAGAAGUUCUGUCACAUCAAGGACCAUUAGCCUUAUACUGAAGACACAUGCCCUUCAUGCUGCUGCUGUUGACUCUUGAAUUUUGUGGGAAAUUGUUCUGUUACAAUUUUUUUUUUGAAGUUCUACUGGUUUUAAAGUUUUGUGUCAGGAGGGUCUAACAAUUUGAUUAUCAGUAGAGUCUGCUUUUCAAGAUCUGUGUUGAAUGUUCAGUUUUCUGUGGGAAGAAAAAAGUUACUUUUUCUCAUGUUCUGAUUAGUCUUAUUUUAAAGGAAAAUGCUGGAAGAAAGCAAACUGAAUCGGAUGGACCCAAAUACUCAGCACUCUGAGAAUGUGGACUUCUGUGAACGAUAUUGCUGACCUUAAUACUAGACAAGUCUUCUUUAGAGUAAAACUAUUUAUUUUUUUGUAAAUUAUGACUCUCUGAAAUGGAAUAGACUGAAAUUUUCUUUGGUAUUUUUUGUAAUGACUAUACAAAUAUUUGCAAAGAACUUGCAGUAAAAACCAAAAAGUUUUAAAGGUAA